GCUCAAGGUUGCCGAAACGAAGAAGCGGUAAUUUCAUUUCCAAACUGUUGAUGACCGGGAUUGGCUGUUGAUUUGUUACACGGUAGGCUAUGUAGUGCUCUUAAAAUAUAUUUUUCAGGGUUCCUUGUGGUUUAGUUGUGCAUUUGUUUGCACAUGCUGUGUUUUUAAAACUAGAGGGAACUAGUGUUGGCUCAGUAUUAAUAUAUAUACUUUUAUCACUCAAUAUUUACUCUGGAUAAGCAUAUUAUUGUAUGAAUCAUCUAAGUAUAGCUUCGUUUACUGAAGUAGCUUACAGAGUGGUUUUAUGUGGGUCUGGUUUAAAGCGCCUGCGUUUCGAAGCUCGACUGUAGAUAUUCAGUCAGCUAUUUAGUUGGUCAACCCACCUCGAAACAUCGUUAGUGUGUCCUAUAUGUUCCUUAGAAUUAUUUAGGGAGAACUGCGAAAAUUAAAGUGAGUUAACCAGCUGAGAUAGAAUCUAUUAACGCGUUAUAGGGAAAUAAGUUGUCUUCAUCUAAAGAGAAACCAGUACUCAUGACCUAAGCAUGAAUAAUACAUAUAUAAUCAGUUGUGAUCCUUACUAAUGAAUAAAAAUGAAUUUUUUGAGGUUACCCAGCCGCUUUUGCCUUAGGAAGUAAUCAACGUUAAGUUCUGAGUUAAUUUGGGAGUGUAUAAGAUAUACUUGUCGAAUGCUCAAAAGUGUAGGACAAAUUGUCAGUUUGAUAUUAUGACUUUUUUUGUGGGUUGGCACGCGCUUUAACAUCAUUUUAAGGUAAACGUUAGGUUGACUUCAUCUUCAAACGCAGUAGUGUUGCCAAACUUGGUGGAUUUACUUCGUAGUCAUCUACAUAAAUUGAAUGCUUUAAUCGCUCCGGAAGCUAUUGACAUCAGGACUAUUCGAUAUAUUGUGGUCAGGUCGGCGACGUUUGUACGGUGCUGAAUCACAGUUUUAGUUGACAGUUAUAGGAGAAGAAUACGUUGACUGCAUUGGUGAGACCAAUUUAUGGACGACUUUUGAGCGACGUUAAAGUGACCUUGUUCAUGUCCACCUACGAAGACUAAAUUAGGGUUAUAAGCCAGUGUGAGAAAUUAGAGCUAUGAUUUACAGUAGAUGGUUAGGGUGAGGAAUUAGAUUUAGGGUUUCGAUCACGAACUGACAUCAACUACCAUGCCUAACACUGUUUGGUCAAGUGGACCUGUUAUCAUAUAUCUGAUUAAUUCGUCCAUACAUUAUAAUCUCGUCACUGCAUUUGUAUGUUAAAGGACAUUCGUAGUCUUUUCAUUUUAUUUCCGAUAUGGCAAAUGUAAGCAGGCGAGUUAGUGUCAAAUAAAUAUGUGGAACAACUACAGUCUAUAGCUCGGUAGGAUUUUCUGUCCUUAAUUAGCUAUGGAACCUUAUUCUCAAAACUGAUUAACCUCGUCGUCUGAGUAUUGUAAGUCAACAAGUGAACCUCCCAGUUGUAGAUCAAUCUUUAGAAAAAUCAAAUAGUGAUAGCUUAGUCUGUAAAUGAAUGUCUAUUAUAAAGAUAGAAAUGGGAAAGUUGAGUAACCUUUACAAACACCAUUUUGCUAUUAGCCAUCCUAAUGUCAGUUUUUCAUAGGCUCUGACUCAGUUACUAUAGUAUUAAUAACUCAGUUUGUCUUAGUACUCACUGUCGACUGAAAACAUCGAAUGAUAGUAAUUAAUGCAAAUUUACCGUACCGAGACCUGAUUGUAAUUUAGCAUUGGAAUAUUAUUAUUAACUGCUCACGAGUUUAUUUCUGUUGUCUUACCUUUAUCAAUAAGUGGUUGGUGUGUUACGUACGUCUAACAACCGUCCACCUAGAUAUACACACCAGCGUUGAGUAGUAGGUUAAAAGAAGGCUGGGAGCAGACAAACCGAAAAGUACCAUCAGUUCAUGAAGUUAUUUACUGGGCGGUGAGUCAGUGGUGCUCAACUUUCAUCAAGUAGGUCGCAGGUUCGAACCUCGUCCAGUACACGAAUUUUUACGUGGUGAAUGAACUAAUGAAUAAGAAUUUGGUACUCUCACUUUUUGAGUUACAUUUGUGUAUUCGUAGUUAGUUAUUUUUAGAUAUUUGCAGUUUCCCAGGACGCACAUAUUCAGGAUGGGAAAUUUCCUUCAUAAUGAAAUUCCGUGUAGCUAGUAUUUUUAUGGGCUUUAUUUAUCAAAACUACUAUUCUGCACAUGAUUGUUGCGCUUUUAACAACAGAAAAUCAGCGAAAGUAAACAAACAACACAGACAUGAGUAAAACGAGGGGACGUCAAAUUCUAAAGCUCCCAAAUAUAAAACAUGAUUAUAUCUUCCAGAGGGUAGCUCCCAUCUAAUUUUCAGCCGAUAUUGGACCUUGUACAUAAGUGUUCCAACCGAAGUCUCACCUCAUCAACACAACAGGAUAGAAUCAGUUGUAUGGAAAACAAAGCUCUCCAAAUUUAUGUACUAUUAUCUCGUGGUAAAUAAAAUAAUUACGUCCUGAUGAGUCAAGAGAAUGAAUUCUCUUCACUUGUCACCCAAGCGCGUCUAAAAUGUGAGGAAGGGAAUUUUCAUGAGUCACUCAAGCUUUGUCAGGAUGCCUACGCAAUAAAUCCUUCCUCUAGUCUUAUGCGAAAAAUUGUUCGUCUUCAAAAUUUAAUAUGCCAAGAUACCAAGGAGAACAUCCCAAAAUCUCCCAAAAAAUCUGACAAUCCUUUAAAAGAAGCUGCUAAGUACUUUGUUUGUGAGUCUGAGAAGUAUGUAUCUCCUGGUAACAUAACUGACAGCACUAAUCUUCUGAAGGAAGCGUAUCUAUGUGUUCCAUCAGCUGAGGUUGAAUCAAAGAUUGGGGAAAUUGAACCAGCAUAUCCUACAACCUAUACUAGUCGUACUUCAAACACGAAAGAAACUUCAGGGGAAGAAAAGCUUUAUGAUGAUACUCAGUUCGCUCUAAUUGAUAAGGCAAAAUUGUUAUAUCAAUCUGGAAACUAUGUUGAAUGCCUUCGUCUUCUUAAAAAAGCCUACAACCUUAAGCAAUGUGAUAAAGUAAAGCGGAAAAUUGAAAGGAUCGAAAAUUAUUUGAAUGAAAACGGAAUUCCCGUUGAUCACUAUGAUCAUAAGUUGCACACUAAUAAUGUUACUGCAGUUGACCAUGAUGAUGAAAAGCAGCCUCCUAUACUCACUGAUGAUUUGGUCGAAAUAGCUGAUGGAUUCAGUGUUCCCAAGUUAUUAUAUGAUAAAUUGUAUGAUUAUCAAAAGUACGGUGUUAAAUGGCUUUGGAGUUUACAUCAGAGAAAUUCUGGCGGCAUAUUAGCUGAUGAUAUGGGACUAGGUAAAACAGUUCAGGUUAUUGCUUUUCUUUCUGGCCUAUUCGUAUCUAGUAAAUUUUCUUGCACAGUGUUGAUUGUGAUGCCAGUCAGUGUUUUGGUUACUUGGGAAGCUGAACUAAAAAGAUGGGCACCAGGACUUCGUGUUAUUGUUUUUCAUGAUAACAGUCGAGCGGAUCGCCUUAAAAGUUUGGUAUCAGUCCAACGACAUGGUGGUAUUCUACUUACGACAUACGGAACACUUGUUUCCAGCAUAAGAGAUUUGUCGACUGAUUUAAAUGCAAAUCCUGAAUUUUUAAGGUCAUACAAAAAACAAAAAUCCACUGACAAUGAUGCCAGUGAUAUUCUUGCUAGAAUGGGUAAAGAAUUUCAUUGGACUUAUUUAAUAUUGGACGAAGGACACAAAGUCAAAAAUUCAUCUGCUAAGACGACUAAAGCAGCUCAAGCAAUUUAUGCAGAUCAUUGUAUUCUCCUAACUGGUACUGCUGUACAAAAUAAUCUCAAAGAAUUGUGGUCUCUUUACAAUGUGACUCAUCGUGGUCGACUCCUAGGUACACAAAAAACUUUCUCUAUUGAAUAUGAUAAACCAAUAACUCGUGGACGCGAGAGAGAUGCUACUCGUGCUGAAAAAGUACACGGUCAAUUAAUGGCUGAAAGUUUACGACGUAUAAUAGAUCCAUAUUUCUUAAGACGUACAAAGUCUGAAGUUUUAUCUCAACAGUAUAAUAUGAAUGCGGUUGUACCGAUAAAAGAUAAAAUGCCACGUAAAACAGAAAUUGUAUUAUGGGUUUACUUAAGCUCCAUACAAGAAUCCACAUAUCGUGAUUUUUUACAACUUGAUAAUGUAAAAGAAUUAUUAAUGCAACGUACAAAACGUUCACCAUUAAUGGAAUUGGUAAUUUUAAAAAAGCUCUGUGAUCAUCCACGUCUCUUGUCUACUGAACAAUGUUUAAAUCUUAAUUUAAAUUAUGAUGAUGGCGAUAGCAAAGGAGAUAAUUUUCAUAUUAAUGAAAUUGUUUCACAUAAAAUACAUUUUCCACCAUCAGAACAACUGAUUAAAGAAUCUGGGAAAUUCUUGUUUCUUCACUGUUUGAUGAAACAGUUUUUACUUGAAUUACAAUCGAAUCCACAACGAGAUUCACCGCGCACGUUAAUAUUUUCACAAAGUAUAAAAUUUCUUGAUAUGGCUGAAAAAGUCAUUCUAGACAUAAAAUGUCCUGUUAAUAAUCACACAUUUGGUGAUGAUAAUAUUCACCAUCCUACACAACAUCGUAUUUUACGAUUAGAUGGUCGUACUGCAAAAGUAUGCGAUCGUCUAAGUAUAAUUAAUAAAUUUCAAAAUGAUAAAUCUUAUACAGUUAUGCUGUUAACUACUCAAGUUGGUGGUGUUGGACUGACAAUUACAUCAGCUAAUCGUGUUAUCAUUCUCGACCCAAGUUGGAAUCCAGCUGUAGACUCACAAGCUGUAGAUCGUGCGUACAGGAUAGGUCAAAAAUUAGAUGUAGUUGUAUACCGAUUGAUUACUUGUGCAACUGUUGAAGAAAAGAUUUAUCGUCGUCAAAUAUUCAAAGAUUCUGUAAUUCGCCAGACAACAUCGACAGGCCAAAACAAAACGGACUUAGAUCCUUACCGGUAUUUCAGUCGUCAAGAACUGGUUGAAUUAUUUAGUCUCGGAGACACACGUAUUUCUGAAACUAAACGGCAGCUAGAUAUGUUACACGAUGGUUCAGAUAGGUGGUCUGAUAGUUCAAUUAGCCCACAUUUAAAAUUCCUCAGUAGUGAUGCACUAAAGCAUGUUGUAUACGGUUUAUCGUUUCAUGAUUUGAUGUUUAGUAAAGAAUCUAUUAAUGAUGGAGCUAUUGAUACAGAUCAUGAGAAAUUAUACGUUAUGAAUCGUUGUGUUGCAGCUGAACGCGCCAUAGCUGAAGAAUGCGCUGCUGAAGGAAGAGUAAUUGGUAAAGAAAUUCCAGCAGUAACAACGAUACAAGCAGAAAGUACUGUAAGAUCAUUACCAACACAUUUGGCAAAUCUUAAUUUACAAAACAAAUUACCACCUUCCAGCUACCACAAUCAUGACAAUCGUUUUAUGAAUCAUGUACCAUUAAAUCAAUUGUUCAAGCCUUCCAUGUCUGACACUCAUAGACCAAUGUUCAAUAGACCAGUAACAUCAUUUAACAAUCCACACACUAACAUCAUUCACACUUCAUCUAAUAUUAAACAUCUUAGUGAAAAUAUAAGUCCCAAUUCAAAUGUACAAUUAGCAUUCACUACUGCUGAGCACCAAUCAGUUAAUCGAAGUAGUCCUGUAAAUACUGACAGGGUAAAUAGACCUCUCUCGCCAAAGCUGGGACGUCAGUUACAAGAUGUUACUGAAGUUGUAGAAGUACAGCAGGAAAAUGAUAAUGGAUCUCUGGAAAUCAGGAAUUCUCCUAUUGAUGAUCUAUCGGAUAAUGAGUGCCUCGAUACACCUAGUGCACCAGUUGCUGAUAUAGAAUGCAUAACUAUAGAGGAUUCAAUUGCACAAAGUUUGCGAGAAAUAAGUAUAACUCAGAAAACUCCAUCAAGAUCUCAUGAUAAUGAGGAAAGCAACAAAGAAUCAAAUAUUUUAAAAACUCCACUUCAUCAUUUUCGAACUUCGUUGAAUUCGAGAUCAUCAUUUGCACCAUUCAAUUCAAAUUUUUAUCGUUCUACUCCAUUAUCUUCAAGGAAGUCAACGAAAAUUCCUCCUAAGGAACACUUUGAACAGUGUGGACAAGAAUUAAACGAAGAUCUCGGUGACGUCAAAUCACCAACAGAUUUUGAUCCUGCUAAGAAUUAUAUACAUAUGGAUAUUAGUAUGGACAUCAACGAAGAUGAUUUAGCUAACACAGUAGAUAUGAAGUCAAUUCAGCAGGUACUUGCAAAAUCUGGUAUUUUAAAUGUUACUGAUUCAAACAAUAUAAAUGAAACUGGGGAAGGUGAACCCAUGUCAGAUUCAAUUGAAAUCCAUAAAUCUCCCAAUCACCAAGAUCUUAAUUCAGUUUCGGAAGAAAAUGCUUUCACUAAAUCUUUAAGUGAUUCUGAAGUUGCCGUGGACUCUUACAUAGGUCAUCAGUCUGUCGAAAAAACGCAUAUUGACGAUACUGAUAUUAUUGAAUCUAGUUUCUGAAGAUGUUUUUUAAAAAAUUGAUUUUAAAAUAUGUAAAUAGUGCAUCAGUUCAGUUUAAUCGUUACGUUUUCUUUCUUUUAUGUUAAUAAAGAGUAAUGAUAAAAUAAUAUCCUAAUAAGUAGAAAAUAGAAUUUUUAUCGUUUA